GGAUGGAAUGGAGAUCUUGGCUAUGUACUCCAUCCGAAGUCUGCCGACAAUGCGUCACAGGGAUCGGCUGCAGGAAGAUGGCGUUGAGGACAUGACCCAGCUGGAGGAGCUUAAUGAAGGCUCUGUCCUGUUAAAUUUGAAGACAAGAUUUGACCGAGAUCUCAUUUACACAUACAUUGGCAGCAUUCUGGUGUCUGUGAACCCCUAUAAGAUGCUGAAUAUAUACGGGACGGACAUGGUGCUGCAGUACAAUGGACAAGCGAUUGGAGAAAACCCCCCUCACCUCUUCGCUAUUGCUAACUUCUCCUACACCAAAAUGAUGGAUGCCAAACAGAACCAGUGCAUAAUUAUCAAUGGAGAAAGUGGAUCUGGGAAGACGGAAGCUACGAAGCUCGUCCUGCGAUAUUUAGCGGCGAUACACCAUAAGCGCAACAUCACGCAGCAGAUACUGGAAGCGGCACCGCUUUUAGAAUCGUUCGGAAAUGCCAAAACCGUGAGGAACGAUAACUCAAGCCGCUUUGGGAAAUACGUGGAGAUUUUUAUGGAGGAAGGUGUGAUCAGUGGUGCCAUAACCUCACAGUAUCUACUUGAGAAGUCCCGGAUUGUGUUUCAGGCCAAAAAUGAGAGGAACUAUCACAUUUUUUACGAAAUGCUUGCCGGCCUUCCUGUACAACAGAAGCAAUCCUUCUCUCUUCAGGAGGCUGAAACAUAUUACUACCUCAACCAGGGGGGCAACUGCGAGAUCCCAGGGAAGAGGGACGGGGAAGACUUUCGCAGGAUCCUCAGCGCCAUGGAGAUACUCAACUUCAGUGUCGAGGAACAGAACAGUAUCUUCAGGGUUCUGUCUUCCGUUCUCCACCUUGGGAACGUGUUCUUUGAGAGAUAUGAGGCUGAUUCCCAGGAGGCGGCUACCGUUGUGAGUGCGCGGGAGAUCCGUGUGGUGGCUGAGCUUCUCCAGAUCUCCCCAGAGGGCCUGCAGAAGUCCAUAACUUACAAGGUCAUGGAAACGAUGAGGGAGAAGAUAUUCACUCCUUUGACUGUUGAGAGUGCUGUUGACGCCAGAGAUGCCAUUGCCAAGAUCUUAUACGCCCUCCUGUUCAGCUGGCUCACAGACAGGAUUAACGCGCUGGUUUACCCAAAAAAUGAAGCAUUGUCCAUCUCCAUCCUAGAUAUCUAUGGAUUUGAGGACCUAGCUUUCAACAGCUUUGAACAGCUUUGCAUUAAUUAUGCAAAUGAGUACCUGCAGUUUUUUUUCAACAACGUAAUAUUUAAAGAAGAGCAGGAUGAAUACAUCAGAGAACAGGUCAGCUGGCAGGAAGUGUCAUUCACCGAUAACCAGGACUGCAUUGACCUCAUUGCCGCAAAGCCCCAUGGGAUUCUCCGCAUCCUUGACGACCAGAGUUGUUUUCCACAGGCAACUGACCACACCUUCCUUCAAAAAUGCCACUAUCACCAUGGCAACAGUUCCCUAUACUCUAAGCCAAAGAUGCCUUUGCCCGAAUUCACAAUAAAGCACUAUGCUGGCAGAGUCACCUACCAGGUCCACAAGUUUCUGGAUAAAAACUUUGACCAAGUCCGUCAGGAGGUCCUUGAACUCUUCGUUCAAAGCAAAAAUAAGAUGGUGGCCAGCCUCUUCUACAAUCAUGCCCAGUUCCUCAGCCAGCAGUCCCACGUUAGGAAGACAAGUACUGUAACCCGGCGCUACCAGCCACCCACCGUUGCUGCCAAGUUCCAGCAGUCCCUCCUGGAGCUGGUGGAGAGGAUGGAGAGGUGCAAUCCCUUCUUUGUUCGCUGCAUAAAACCGAACAGCAGAAAGGAGCCGGACAUAUUCGAGGUGGAGCUGGUCGCUGCUCAGCUUCGCUAUUCUGGGAUCUUGGAGACGAUCCGCAUCCGUAAGGAAGGCUACCCCAUCAGGCUGGCAUUCCACACAUUCCUCUGCAGGUACAAAGCCCUACUGGGAAUAAAGCAGCCACCUCCCCCGGAGGGUGAGAACUGUGUUCUCAUGCUGAGGAAGCUGUGUCCUGUCAGGGCAGGCCAGUACCAAGUGGGGGUGACCAAGCUGUUCUUGAAGGAGGAGGUCUACCAGCUGCUGGAGAGCAAGCGGGACCGAGUGCUACAUGUGGCUGCCCUCACGCUCCAGCGCUACACACGGAUGUUCUUUGUCCGGAGACGCUUCGUCGCCUUCCGCAAGAAGAUCAUGUGGCUGCAGGCCCAUUGCCGAGGAUACCUCACUCGGAGGUGUUACGAGAAGAUGAGGGCGAGCCUGGUGAAGUUCCGCUCCCUGAUUCUCAUGUAUAUCAGCCGCAAGAGAUACAUCAAGAUGAAAUUUGAGGCCAAGAGAUUAGCUGAGGAGGAAAGGCUGCAACGGGAAAUGGAGCUGACGAGGCGGGAGGUGGUCAACGUUACUCACCUGGCCAUUCCAGCUGAGCUGGCAGGACUCUUGCAGACUGUUGCAGGGGGUAGGGAGAUCCAUUCGGAUUGUCUUGCCUUGGUCGAAGCCCCCAGGAUUGAGGUAGACUCUCAGCUCACCCUACCACUCGACAUCAACAACCACCCUAUCUCCAAAUAUGUCCAGAUUCACUUUAGGGAGCCCAAGUUCGGCAUGCUGAUGGCACCUCUUGAGGCCCCGUUGACCCACGUACAGGAAGACUUACGGAAAGAGGCCCUCAGCAUCUUCAUCAUGGUUCUGAGGUUCAUGGGGGACCCCAACCUCAAUGGGGCCCAGGAGAAUAUGUUUGGAAAUUACAUCGUACAGAGGGGUCUGGCUGCGCCGGGCUUGAGAGAUGAAAUCCUGUGUCAGAUCAGCAAUCAGGUCUGCAGGAAUCCCAACCCAUCCAAUGCGGAAAGGGGCUGGCUGCUUCUGCUGGCCUGCCUGAGUGCCUUUGCGCCAACACAGUCGCUGGAGAAGUAUCUUCUCAAGUUUGUCUCAGACUAUGCCCAGUAUGGUUACGAGGCACCCUGUCAGCACAGGCUCAUACAAGCCAUGCAGAAGUCCCGGCUUGGCCCGGAGGCUGCGAGGACCCAUCCGUUGUCUUUGUUGGAGUGGACGGCCUGCCGGAAGAAAGCAAGCAUGGUGCUUCAGGUUCACUGCUUCGACGGGUCUUCUUUCCUGUGUCCCCUUCACUGCUGGACUAGUGGGGAAGACCUGGCAGGGACCAUCCUACAACACAGAGGUGUGGAGGAUAGCUGGAGGGGCUGCUCCAUCCUCAUGAAGGAGCACAGCCAGUGGGUGGAGCUGGCGGGCCACGACUACGUGCUAGACCUAGUGGCCGACCUGGAUCUGGUACCGGAGUUCCCUAGGCAGAAAUCCCACUUCAUUGUCUCGUCAGAGGACCCGUCCCUGGGCCGACCCCGCACCAGCCUCGCCCUGUUUGGGAGCGGCUUUGAGUCAGAUGAGGACUCUCCCAUGCAGCAGGCCCCACCUCUCCCCAGUGGCUUGGACUCCAGUGGAUUCUAUGGCCAUGAGUCUGACAGCUUCACAGAGACUCCCAAUCAGAAGGGCAUGGACCGGUAUCUCGACAGCCUCUUCGACCCCGUGUUAUCAGACAGCAGCGGGGACCCAGAGAAGUCCACCAGCAUCUCCGGCAGGAUGAAAGGGGGUGGGGGGGUCGGAGCGAGCACAGGGGAGAGGACCCAGCCCGGCGGCCGGGGACACUACCCCCCAAGGCUGCAGCCGGGAGCUGUGCAGGUCCUACCUGUGAAGGGGACCAUGGCACCAGGGGUCAACCCGGUGCCACCCAUGUCCCGCACUGUGGAAGAUACAUCGGCCACGCCUCCUACGCUGGCCACGCCCCCCACCUCGGGGCCACGCCCCAGGCCCAACCCCAUGCCGGCCACCCCCCCCACAUCGAUGACACGCCUCACGUCAGCUGAAGAAGAGAUUCCGCCUGCCCCAGUGAUGCCGCCCUCGCCGGCGAUGUACGCUGUGCCACCGAUGGGCACUGUACCAGGAAUGUCAUCGAUGCCAGUGAUUCCUGUGAUGCCCAAUGUGCCGGGUGCAGAGCAAAGCGUUCUGGCCCAGCAGCAACAGGCCAUCAUCAACCAGCAGGCCAUCAUCUUGGCUCAGCAGAUGACCAUGCAAGCCAUGGCCCUGCAGCAUCAGAUGUACAGCGACCACAUGACCAGUCCCGUGAGCGGUCACAUGACCAACCCUUACGUCAAUCCCUACGCGAGCCCUCAGCCCCAUCACCCUCCGCUGUCCCCGCUGCCUCGGGCCACCCUGCCGACUUCCAGCGUUCCCAUGGCGGGAAGCCCACUUCGGAGUCAGGGGAGGCCCCCACACCACGCCCAGCCCGACAACCUGGUGAGGUCCUCCGUCACCAACGCAGAGCACAUCGAGCCCAGCCACAACAUCAAGGACAUCAUCAAGCAGCACCAGCCCGGCCCGCCGCUCAGGCCCUCCGAGAUCGCCAGGAAGGAGGGGAAGGUGUUCGCGAAGAAGCCGAACCCGCACGAUGAAGCUAUGAGCAUCCUGAAGGGGCAGAUGGAUACUCAGCCCCCCCAGGCAAGUAAAACCUCGUGGCUCCAUCUGGCCUUGCCGAGACAGGCCCCCACUGCCCCAGCUCCCACCCUGUCCCCAGCAAAAGUCCCCAAGGACGGUGCCCCCACCCCGGCUGCGGACAGGAGCGCCAAGGCGAGGCCUGCAAAAGCGCCGCUACCCAUGGAGUCUGAGAGACCCCCAGCCCCACUGCCAGCGCCUAGGGAGCUGCCGGUGGAGGAGGAGAGCAUACAGACGCAGCUGCACCGGUGGAGCAGUGAGGAGCAUUACACUUACGUCAAUGUGCCCUGGAAGCUCUAUCUGCGGAAGGAGGUUUUCUACCCUAAAGACAGUUUUAAUAACCCUCUACUGCUGGACCUCAUAUUCAGACAGAUAGUCCAUGACACAUUCUCCGAGGCCUGCGUCCGCAUCACGGCAGAGGAGCGCCAGAACAUGAAGUCGCUGUUUGUGGAGAACCGCAUCGAGCUGAGCUCAGCGGCGCCAGACGAGGGCGUGAAGAAGAAGGUUGUCACUACCGCCAGAGACACAUGGGAGAUCUACUUCUCUCGCCUCUUUCCUGCAUCUGGCAGCGUGGGAACUGGAGUCCAGGUGCUGGCCGUGUCUCAUAGGGGGAUCAAGCUGCUGAGGAUGGUGAAGAGCAGUGCCUCAGCACAGGAGUUCUUCCGGGUUCUUCGGCCGUACAGCUACACGGACAUCAUGUUCGUCACCAUUCCCUCCAAGAACAUGCUGGAGUUCAACCUGACCAACGAGAAGCUGAUCCUCUUCUCCGCGAAAGCACCGCAGGUCAAAACCAUGAUCGACUUCUUCAUCACCGAGCUGAAGAAGGACUCGGAUUAUGUAGUGGCGGUGCGUAAUUACAUCACCGACGACCGGUCACUGCUCAGCUUCCAUAAGGGCGACAUCAUCCGGCUGCAGACCAUGGAGGGCCUGGAGGAGGGCCACUACUAUGGCUGCAUUGUGAAAAAGAAGGUGAUGUUCCUGGAGGAGAUAAAGAGAGACACCGCUGACUUCGGAUGGAAGUUCGGGGCCGUCCAUGGCCGCUCAGGCAUGUUCCCCGCCGAGUUCGUCCAACCAGUGGCCGCCCCCGACUUCAUCAGCCUACCCGUGGACAGAAAGGAGGAACCCAAGAACAAGGAGGGGCGCGUGGCGGCAUCAGCGGCGGUGGCAGUAGCCGUGGCAUCCGCUGCGGCAGCACACGAGUUGGACCGAACCACUGAGGUGGCUCCAGCUGUCAACGAGUACACGGAUGCUUAUGAAAGCAGGACUGCAGAAGUGGAUGAAAGGAUGUUACAGGACAGCAGAUACAGUAUGGUGGAGUUUGCCAAGAAAUACUUCAGGGAGGCCCAGGGCAAAGACAGCAAUUCGUAUAAACAGAGGUCUAAGAAAGGCAGAGAUUCAAGGGAACCCUCAGACAUGGUGAAAUAUUCCAAGUCCCCAAUUCUGGAGUCUUUGAUCGAUUUCACUGAUGAAAACAUGAACAAGGUGGCAGCGGAUAUUUUCCUGGCUGUGAUGAAGUUCAUGGGAGACUACCCCCUUAAGGGCCAGACGGAGCAGGAGGUCGUCAACGUCUUCCUAAGGCUUAGCGGGGAAUACGCGCUAAUGAAGGAUGAAGCUUACUGCCAGGUCAUCAAGCAGAUAACUGCCAACACCAGCCCCAAAAUGGACAGCUGCCAGAGGGGCUGGCGCCUGCUGUACAUCCUCACAGCCUACUACCGCUGCUCCGAGGUGCUGAAACCAUUCCUACUCAAGUUCCUGCAGGAUGUGGGCCGGACCGCUGGCGUGCACUUCCAAGGGAUCGCAAAAGCUUGUGAGCAGAAUCUGAGGAAGACUUUCCAGUAUGGUGGGCGCACUCAGUUUCCAAGUAACAUGGAGCUCAAAGCCAUGGUGGCCGGCCGAAGCUCCAAACGACAGCUCUUUCUCCUGCCUGGAGGCAUUGAGCGCCACCUCAAGGUCAAAACUUGCACGAUUGCCCUAGAUGUCAUUGAAGAGCUCUGUUACGAGAUGGACCUGCACAGGCUAGAAGCCAUGGAUGAAUAUGCCGUCUUCGUGGUCACUAACAGAGGUCAGAAUGUUCGCCCCCUGACCAAGAAGGAGUACAUUCUGGAUGUGGCGACGGAGGCCGAGCCCAUCGACAGCAGCUAUAGCUUCUGGUUCCGAAGGGUGAUCUGGUGCCACCCAAUGAAGUUUGACAACGAGCUUUGCGUCACCAUGCACUACAACCAGAUUCUCCCAGACUACCUGAAGGCUCUACUCAACACCAUACCCCAGGGGAAGGUCAGCGAGCAGCAGCUCCAGCAGCUGUCCAAGCUAGCCGCUCUGCAGCAUCGCGCUUCCGACAGCGUCUACUUGCCCACCAUCCGGGAGGUGCAGGACUGCAUUCCCCCACAGCUCUACGCACUGCAGCGUCCUCAGCAGUGGUUAAACAUGGUCACCCAGCACAUGCAGCAGGUCCAGGCCCUCAGCCCACACCAGGCCAGGGCCCAGUUCCUGGGGCUGAUCAGCGCCUUCCCCAUGUUCGGCUCGUCCUUCUUCUACAUCCAGAGCAGCAGCAACAGCGCCAUCGUGGCUCCCUGCGUUCUGGCUGUCAAUCAGAACGGCCUCAACUUCCUCAACAAAGACACCCAUGAGGUGAUGGUGAAGUUCCCCCUGAAGGAGAUACAGUCCACACGGACCCAGAGGCCAACAGCAGGUUCCAGUUUCCCAUACGUGGACAUCAUGCUGGGGAACCUAAUGACUCAGCGUAUAUCCCAAUUACAGCUGGAGCAGAGUCUGGAGCUCUGUCGUGUCAUUGCCAUGCACGUGGAGAACCUGCUGUCCAUGCGGGAGAAGCGAUUGACGCUGCCGCCCAGCGAGAUCACCUUACUGUAAGGACAAAGGGGUCCAUCUCCAAGUCAGCCAUACAGACAAGAACUCUUCAUCCUGGUACAUGCAUUUAUCCAGUGACUUAUAAAGUUUACAUAUUUUUUGUCCAAUAUGUUUUUACCACAAAAUAAAGAUAU